CUUAUCUAGACUAUGCUUUUUAAAAAAAAGUGAAGAGAGAGAACGAAGCAAUGGUUGUUGUUAGAGGGAAAAUGGGGGCUUUACUUCGUGUUCUAAUUUCUACUUCCCUGGCCUUUACAAUCUCUGAUAGUUUUCUGAUUAUCCAUGAGCUAAAAGAACAGUGUAUUUAUGAAAGUCAUAAAAUAGCCUAUGUGGGAAUGUGCAACUUGACCAAUAUUAAUCAGCAGUGGAAUUGGUUGCAAGAAGACAAGCUUCUCCAUCUUAGAACUGGCCAAUGUCUGGCCAUCACCGGGUCCAAGGUUGCACAUUCCCGUAAAGUAAUUGUUGCCAACUGCUCUGAGGCUCCUAGCUGGACUUGUUACAGCAGUGAAGGCCUCCUGGAGGUGAAAAACAGCUCGCUCUUCCUUGAGAAACGAAGUUCAAGAGUAGUUGUGAAGAAGGGCAGGAAAUAUCCCCAUAGUUGGAAAAAACUUGAUGUCAAUGAGAAAGGAGAGACCAUCCAUGAAAAUAUUUGUUCAAAGAUUGAUUUCCAAGAUGCUGAACCAUUGGCUCAGAGCACUAAAAACACAUCCUUUCCCUUUAAUCCUAUAACCCAUAAUCCACAGAAUUUUCUUGGCAGUAGCAAUACAAUGAUUUCCAUCAGAAAUGUUACAGAAAGCAACUAUAAGGCUAUGGGCAAAUUCAGUCUUAAGCAGAAUUUAUUUGAAGUGACACAAAAAAACUGGAUUCCUACAACUACCUAUCAUUUCUCUAGCACUACAAAAGAGAGUGGUCUAGCUGCUCCAGUCAAAUGCACCAUCAACCAGACAGAAUGGAAGGUCUCCAGCCAGUCGGUUUAUCUGAGAUGGAACAGCUCGGGCAACCCCUGUAAUUUCAGCGUUAUCUGCAGCUCCAGCAAGGUUUUAUCCAGGGACUGCCAAGCCAUCCAGAAGGACAACGGUUCCUACGAAUGCAACUUCAAUGGCUUGGAAGCUGGGACUUCGUACUCGCUCAGGAUUGUUUCUCUCUCUGAUGGAGAAACUAGCAAUAUCACCCUGCAAACAGAUCCGUUGCCCCCUGCAAGAUUUGAAAUUAAGAAGGACAAAGUUACAACCACCACUUUACAGGUUUGGUGGAGCCCAUCCUUAGGGAAAGUGGACUGGUAUGAGCUACAAUUAUUUAAUGGCAUUGAAAAAGUGGACGAGAUAUCAGUUCCUGGAGGCAUUUCUAGAAGUGAUCAGAUAUUUGCCAAUCUCAUCCCUGGCAAUAAAUACACCAUCACCAUCAGAGCAGUUGCUGGAAAUAAAAAAAGCUCAUCAGUUGACAUCAGUGGGUCUACUGUUCCUUCACCAGUCAACAACAUCAAGGUCUUGAGUAAGAAGCAGUCAUUCCAUAUUUCAUGGUUGCCAGGAGCUGGUCAUGUGGAUCAAUACGGGCUGGUUUUGCUGGAGAAAGAUAUUCUAAUUCAACAGAUGAAUCUAGAGAAAGAUAUUUUGUCAUACAAUUUUUCAGGAUUAACACCGGGAUGUCUAUAUAAUUUGACAAUUAUUUCCAAGGCUCAGGGGAUGGAGAACUAUAAUGUAAGACUAGUAAGAACUGCUCCAGCCAAAGUCUUAGAUUUGAUGGUAGCUAAUGAAGAUAGUCUGGAUACACUGAAAGUGUCAUGGAAGAGGCCUUCAGGAAACCUUGAUUUCUACAAUGUCACCUUAUUUCAACAUGGGUCUUUUAAGGAAAGUAAAAUUUUACAAGCGCAAGUCACAGAGAUCUCUUUUGACAAGCUAAUUUCUGGAAGUUUGUAUGAAGUGAAUGUCAAUGCAAUCAGUAGUGAAUUAUUCACCAAAGUGACAGCUCAUGGAAGGACAAUUCCCCAACAAGUUUCAGAAUUGAAAGUAGACAGCAUGGGUUGGUUGAGAUGUCUGAAAGUAAGUUGGCUUCCCCCCACGGGAGACUGGGACAAAUAUCGUAUUUUACUGUUUGACCGCUCUACAUUACUGCUGAAUACUACUCUGGAGAAAGAUAAAAGAGAAUACAUCAUCAAGGAUUUAGCACUUGUUCCUGGAAGACAAUAUGAGGUGGUUGUUGUUGUAGAAAGUGGAGGCUUACAGAAUAAAGCCCACUGCAAAGGCAGAACAGCUCCACAGCCAGUUCUUCAGCUUCGUGUGAAGCAUGCCAAUGAAUCAUCUCUAACAAUCAUGUGGGCGACCCCUCAGUCUGACUGGGAUCACUAUGUGGUUUCACUGGGACACCGGUCCCUCACAAUCGUUAACAGGGCUCUGGCUAAGGAAGCCAAAGAGUUCACUUAUACCGAUCUGUCUCCUGGACGAAAGUACACUGCUAAUGUCACCACCAUAAGUGGGAAUUUGAGUAACUGGACUUCAAUUGUGGGUCAUACAGUUCCAGCACAAGUGAUGAGCUUAAAUGUAGCAAACCAAGGAACAACCAACAGUCUAUUCACCAAUUGGAUAAGGCCAAAAGGAGAUGUAGAUUCAUACCAAGUGUUGGUCAUUCAUGAAAAUGUUGUCAUAAAAAAUGACACAGUUUCCAGUGAUACCGAUAAGUACCACUUCCAAUCCUUAAAACCUGGAGGACUCUAUUCAGUGGUUGUUACCACUGUUAGUGGAGGAAUAUCUUCCAGACAAGUGAUUGCUGAAGGAAGAACUGUUCCUUCCAGUGUAAGUGGAGUCACGGUGAACAAUUCAGGGCGGAGUGAUUAUUUGAGUGUUUCCUGGCUGCCAGCUGCAGGGGAUGUGGAUAGCUACAUGGUGACGCUCUCUCAUAGAGGUCAGACAGUUCAUCUCAUCACCAUUGCAAAGUCCACCAGCGAGUGCUCCUUCAACACUCUCACACCAGGUCGCCUCUAUGAUGUGAUGAUAACAACCAAGAGUGGGAAAUAUGAAAACCACUCUUUUGGUCAAGAAAGAACAGUUCCUUCAAAUGUCCAGGGACUCACGGUGAGCAAUUCUGCAAGAAGUGACUAUUUAAAGGUAUCCUGGCUACAUGCCACUGGAGAUUACGACAAUUAUGAAGUGAUCAUCAAGCACAACAAUGAUUUCAUUCAAACGAAAACUGUCCCCAAGGAUGUCAACGAAUGUGUAUUCACUAACCUGAUUCCAGGAAGGCUUUACAGUGUAACUGUUUGCACAAAGAGUGGAAAAUACGAAACUAGUGAAAGGGCCAACGGAAGGACAGUUCCAGAAUCAGUAAAAGAGUUGACUCUUAGUGACAGAAGCACUGAAGAUUUAUAUAUUACUUGGUCCAAAGCUGAUGGAGAUGUUGAUCAGUAUGAGAUCCAGCUUCUGUUCAAUGACAUGAAAGUUUUUCCAUCUCAUCACCUUGAAAAUACUGUCAAAUCAUUCAAGUUUACAUCCCUCACUCCAGGACGCCUUUACAAAAUUGUUGUCAUGACAAUAAGUGGUGAAGCACAGCGUUCUACUUUCAUAGAAGGAUUGACAGUUCCAAGUGCAGUUAAAAAUAUUCAUAUUUCACCUGCCAGAAUGAUGAACAGCUUGAAAGUGAAUUGGACCCCUGGAGGAGGAGAUGUUGAUUCUUAUACUGUCACAAUACUUCAUCAGAACCGUCCCCUUGGUGUCCAGACGGUUUCCAAACAUAUAUAUGAGCACACUUUUAACAAACUAGAAGCAGGGGAGCAGUACAUGGUUGUCGUACAGACCAAGAGCGGCUUCCUGCAUAACAAUUCAACUGCUGUUGGACGAACAAUUCCUGCUCCUGUUCAGCAAUUGCAAGCAGACAAUGAAUAUAGCAGUUAUUCAUUGAUGGUGACAUGGAAUGCUGCUCCUGGGGUAUCUGAACGUUAUGACAUCCUCCUGUUGACUGAACAUGGUGUCCUUCUACACAACAAAUCAGAACCAGCCACUGCUAAACAGCAUAAAUUUGAAGAUUUAACACCAGGCAAAAAAUAUAGAAUACAGAUGUUCACUGUCAGCGGUGGUCUCUUCAGCAGCCGGGCAGAAACUGAAGGCCAAACAGCUCCUGCAGCUGUCACAAAUCUGAAAGUUACAGAACGUACCACUGGACGCUUGUCAUUCAACUGGACUACUUCUCUGGGAGAAUUUGAUAAAUACGAUAUUUUUUUGUACAAUCCAGACACAUCUCUUCAGGACAGAAAUUCAGGAAACCAGAAUCUCCAAAAGUAUUCCUUCCAGAAUUUGGUGCAAGGCAGACUGUACAAAAUUGUGAUUGUUACUCACAGUGGCAAGCUUACCAAAGAAGCGUUCAUUUUUGCGAGAACAGACCCAGCUCCAGUUAGCAAUCUCAAAGGAUGCAAUAGGAAUAUGACUAACGGCCUAUGGUUUACUUGGAACCCAGCACCAGGAGAUGUUGAUUAUUAUGAAUUACAUCUUUAUAACACAAAUGGCACACAGAAGGAAGCACAGCGUGGAAAAGAUCUGACGGAGUGGCAUUUCCAGGGUUUAGUUCCUGGUAGAAAAUAUACUCUUGUCGUGGUUACCUAUAGUGGUGAGCUUUUUAAUUCAGCUAAUACAGAGGGACGAACAGUGCCAAUCCCUCCCAGUACUGUGUCAUUUGCUGAUGUGACCAACACCUCUUUAUCCAUCGCAUGGCUGGGCCCUCCUGACUGGACAGACUAUGAUGAUUUUGAGUUGCAGUGGACCCCAAAAGAUGCACUCACAGUCUUCAAUCCUUACAUUAGCAGCAAAUCAAAAGGUCGCAUCUUGAAUGGCCUCCACCCAGGGAGGCUCUAUCACUUCAGUAUCAGGACAGUUAGUGGUCCAGUUCGGAAGACUUACAGUAAACCCCUUCUUGGAACUGUGAGGACAAGGCCGGAGAAAAUACAAAAUUUACAUUGUCGGCCACAGAAUUCAACUGCCAUUGCAUGCUCCUGGAUCCCUCCUGAUUCUGACUUUGAUGGAUAUAGCAUUGAAUGCAAGAAAAUGGACACGGAGGAAAUAGAAUUCUCUAGGAUCAUAGAAAAAGAAAGAUCUGUAUACAACAUUAUGACCCUUGUUCCCCACACAAAAUACUCAGUGUCUAUCAAAGUGCAAUCAGCUGACAUGACCAGUGAGAUGGUAACAGACAAUAGCAUCACUAUGAUAGAUCGCCCUCCUCAACCAGCUGCAUAUAUUCGAGUGAAUAAAAAGGAUACAAUUAUUACCAAAUCCACUAUCCACUUCACCUUCAAUUGCAGCUGGUUCAGUGAUACCAAUGGAGCUGUGAAGUACUUUACAGUGGUUGUGAGAGAGACUGAUGGCAGUGAAAGAAUGAAGCCAGAAGAGUUUCAUCCUUUACCCUCUUACUUGGAAUAUAAACACAAUAAUUCCAUCCAGAUCUAUCAAACAGAUUACUUUCCAAGUAAAUGUUCAGAAAGCCCAGAGAGCAUUUCAAAGAGUUUUGAUAUUAAGCUGGGAGCAGAAAUGGAAAAUCUGGGAGGAAAAUGUGAUGCAAAUCAGCAGAAAUAUUGUGAUGGACCAUUAAAGCCCAGAACUGCCUAUAGAAUCAGUAUCCGGGCUUUUACCCAACUUUUUAGAGAAGACCUUAAGGAAGUCCAGAAACCCUUGUUCACAGAUACAUAUUUUUCUUUGCCAAUUGUGACUGAAUCAGAGUCUUCAUUUGGAGUUGUAGAAGGAAUGACCACUGGUUUAUUCUUAAUAAUUAUGGUUAUGGCUAUCACUGGAUUGCUUGUUUGCAGACGAAAAAUAAAAAGUGGCCAUGAAAGAGCAACAGCAAAACUAAGCAUUCGUAAAGAUAGGCCAUCAGUUCAUUUGAACUUGGGACAAAAAGGGAACUGGAAAACAUCCAGCCUAAUAAAAGUAAAUCAGUUUGAAAUGCACUUCACCAAACUUCAGGCAGAUUCAAACUAUCUCCUGUCUAAAGAAUAUGAGGAUCUAAAGGAUGUGGGUCGAAACCAAUCAUGUGACAUAGCACUUUUGCCAGAGAACCGAGGGAAGAACCGAUAUAAUAAUAUAUUGCCGUAUGACACAACAAGAGUGAAACUUUCAAAUGUGGAUGAUGACCCAUGUUCUGACUAUAUCAAUGCAAGCUACAUCCCAGGCAAUAAUUUCCGUAGGGAAUACAUUGCAACUCAAGGACCUUUGCCUGGCACAAAGGAUGAUUUCUGGAAAAUGGCAUGGGAACAGAAUGUUCAUAAUGUUGUCAUGGUAACUCAGUGUGUUGAGAAGGGCCGGGUAAAAUGUGAUCAUUAUUGGCCCUUUGACCAGGAUUCUUUAUAUUAUGGUGAUUUAAUAGUCCAGAUGCUAUCUGAAUCAGUCCUCCCAGAAUGGACAAUAAGAGAGUUUAAGAUUUCCAGUGAAGAGCAGCUUGAUUCCUCUAGACUUAUUCGUCAAUUCCACUACACUGUAUGGCCAGACCAUGGUGUACCAGAAACCACCCAGUCGCUCAUUCAGUUUGUGAGGACUGUAAGAGAUUAUAUCAAUCGGACCCCUCAGGCUGGGCCAACUGUAGUUCAUUGCAGUGCCGGUGUUGGUCGAACAGGGACAUUCAUUGCACUCGAUCGACUUCUUCAACAGUUGGACUCAAAGGAUUCUGUGGAUAUUUAUGGGGCAGUGUAUGAUCUUAGGCUUCACAGGGUUCACAUGGUUCAAACAGAGUGUCAAUAUGUAUAUUUACAUCAAUGUGUGAGAGAUGUCUUAAGAGCAAGAAAGCUACGCAGUGAGCAAGAAAAUCCCUUGUUCCCAAUAUAUGAAAAUGUGAAUCCAGAGUAUCCCAGAGAUGCUGUUUAUUCAAGGCACUAAAGCUCAGACAAAUUCCUGCUUUUUUGCAGUUCUAUCUGUUAGAUUUUUUUAAAUUAAGUUUUAAAAAUAUUUUAUGCACUACAAGUGCCAGACGUGUUUGAAGCUGUGUGUAAUUUAUUAGUCUGGUGAUAUUUUAAAAUACGUAAUUUAAAUAUAAUAGAUAUUGUUGUAGAUAAAUAUUUUUUGAUAUGUAAAUAUGUUUUAUCUAUAUUGUUUAUAUUAUUCUUCAGAUAAUACUAUUUUUCUAUGUUAAAAUUAUUUUAAUGAAAUAUUCCUUAUAAACUAUCUUAUGUGGAAAAUGUAUCAAGACAUGUGAUUUUUUCCCCCAAAUCAUCCUUUAAUGUAUGAUUCGUAUCUUAUUCUAGCCAUCUUUGUACACAUAUGAAAUACAGCCUGCAUAUCCCAAGAUCUCCAGCAAAAUCAGGUUUCCUAGACUUUUGAAAAUAACAAGUUUUGCCUUAAUAACCUUAUUGAGAGCCCACAGAGUUACAGAAAUAAGUAUACUAUUUUCUUCAUGACUCAGUGUGAGGUAGCUAUCUCAAACCGCAGAAGUCAAGGGAAGUAGUAUCAAUAUAGCUGUAUCUGCAAUGCGAUCUUCCUUCUACUUUCAAAAUUGUUGUGAAUCUCCCAGAAUCCUUUGAAGUGCUUGGCAGCAGAAGGAAGGAAGGAAGGAAGGAAGGAAGGAAGGAAGGAAGGAAGGAAGGAAGGAAGGAAGGAAGGAAGGAAGGCCUAAUCUCAGAUUCACAAGCAGAUGUUGCUUCAUUGCCCCUGAUGCAGCCAGAGUCAUUGCCCAUUUAGUUGAGUUUUGAACAUGGAGAAAAUAAUAAAAUCAGCCAUAUGUCUUGGGCCACUGCAAAUGUCUGAGUAAAACAUGGCCAAAAUCUCUCAGUUAACUUUCCUUUUUUGCUAGCAUUUAAGUACUAGAACAAGCCUUUUUUCAAGCAUAAAGCGUAAAAUUUUCCAGAUUAAAAAAAAGAUGCUCACAUCUUAAAAGAUAUUUUGUAUAAAAUCUUACAAGUGCUGUGUGAUAAUUUUUUUCGGACAGGUUGGUCAUUAUAUAAAAUCAAAUCCUAAUCCGAUGAAAGACCCUCUAAUAUUGGAAGAGAGGGUUUCUUCAGCCUAAGGAAAAUUUAAAAGUUAUUGUUCAUCAUCUAACUAUUCUGACAGCACUUUUGUAGGUAGAAAAAAAUUAACAAUAGCUAUUUUAUGAUUUUAAAACAUUCAUUGCAAAUUGGGUGUUUUCCUGAAAAAGAUUUAUUGGAUUUACUUGCAUACAAAUGAAUGAUUUAUUUACAUUUUUCUCUUAUGAUGUGAUCUUUCAAAAUUCAAAAUUUCUGAUAAAUUUUAUUUCUGUAUUUACUUCAUUUGUAUGCAAUCUUCCCAGCAAGAUGUCUGAGCUUCACAUUUAUAUACAGUAAAAAAAAAUACAAAAUAAAAAUCAGAUUUAAAAAAUGACAGAAUAGCAAUUGAAAAAGUAUAUAAAUAAAUAUAACUAAGACUAGCAGGAAAUAAAAGAUGAUGUCACUGUAAAAGCAUUAUAGCCUAAACCUUUAUGUAUUUAUUCAGAAAUUAGUCUCACCAAGUUACUUUCUCCCAGGUAAAUAAAUAAAUGACUGAAUGAACAAAACCUUCAGAUCAAAUAAUAGAAGGAAAGUUGCAAAGUUACCUUAAGGAUAUUUUAUAACAAAUUAGAUAAAUCAAUUAAAGACACUGAGCUUGACAGCCCAGGGUCAUGACCCAAGUGCCACAUAAUGCGGUGAGCUACUUGCCCCAGCUCCUGCCAAUCUAGCAGUUCAAAAGCAAGUGCAAGUAGAUUAAUAGGUACCCCUUUGGUGGGAAAUUAACAACAUUCUAUAUGCCUCGGCCUAUAGUCAUGUGGCUAUAUGUCCACAGAAGUAUCUUCAGAAAAUCCUGGCUCCCUAGGCUAAGAAAUGGAGAUGAAUAUUGUCCCAUAGAAUCAGACACAACUGGAGAGGGGAAAUUUUUACCUUUAUUACAACGAAGAAUAUGUAUUUCCUUGAUGAUUAUUAUCUUAUCUAACUAUCUUACAAUCCAGGUAAUUUAAGGGCAAUGAGAAUAUUUUGUAUCACCACCAUACAAUGAAAUUUAAUUAUUUUCAUGGAAUUCCAAAUAUAUUAGAGUUAAUUGCUGAAGUGUUCAUCUGAUGCUUUCAUAAUAAGUUCUGUUUUAAGAGGAAAACAUUUUCCCCUAAUAAUACAUAUUGUAUGAAAAAAUUGAUUAGGUGGAAGAUUGUAAUUAUCAAUCUGAAGCAGUUAUUACACUUCACAGGUUUUCAAACAGUUUUUCUAGUGUUCUACUUAGUAUUCCAAAGAAUAGUAAAAUUGCAUAAUGCUGUCCUCAAAUUAUUUGACUGGAACAUGGAACAGUUGAACGGAAGUAUUGAAUGGGUCUUUGAAUGUAAAAUGUUAGAAACUCAAUAGGUUUCUGUUAUGCAUUUUUGCUAAGUAAAUCAGCCAUAUUUUUACAUCAGCUGGGAGAUAUAAAAAAAUAUCAAUUUAUAUUAUCUCCUAUAAGCAAAAAAAAACAAACCCCAAAAGUUAAAUUUAGAAUAAGUGUCUAUCAUGGGAGAAGAAGGAAUUCAGAAGCAGCACGAUCCCCUUGUCACCAAGGAGACAGAAGGAGCAGACGCUGUUUCAUUUUUAGUAUUUUGCAGACCAGGUGCAUUGUCACAACAAACUGCAGUGACUAGCUGAAAGAAAACUCCCACAAUACAUCUGUAAAAUGUGAACUAAACUGAAGUGAAUUUACACUACAGAAUUUACUCUACAUAUUGAAUGCUUCCACCAUGUUCUAACAGUUCUCAAAUGCUUCAGUCCCUGUGUGAAUCUGCUUUUAAUUCGUAGGUUGCUUGAAUAAGAAUAUUUAUUCUUUAAUCAUUUAUUACAGUCUGUAUAAAAUAAUUCCUCCUCUCAGUCUGCAAGUAAUAUGCCUACGAGAUCAUUUAGCCAGAAUGUGGCAUUUAGUAGAGGAAAGUGAGGACUAGAGAAUAUGUUCUCUAGAAUAUGUAUUCUCAAUAUGACUUUCCAAAUGUGAAAUUCUGCACUAGCAGACUACAUUUAUGCACAUGUUAUAUGACUGCAUAUUCAACAUAGACAUUUUCUUCGCUUAAGAGCGGAGAAAACAUGCAUAGCUGUCUUUUCUCUCCCCAAACUAACAAAGACUUUAACCUCAAGAGGAGAGAGAAUUUGCAACCAUGAUAGCUGGACAGCAAAACAAAAGGAGAAAAAUCCUGACAAUAUUACCAAUAAUAAAAUGGCAGCUUUGUGUGUGUGGCUUUGAAAAAAAUAUAAAUAGUACUGUAUAAAUUAUAUCCUAUUAUGUUUAUUUUAUCUAUUGUAAUAAUAUAAUUAUUUCUGCUGAGGAAAUCAAUCAAAUCCAGUAAUAUACAAUAUGAUGUGAGGAAAUUCUGGAUUGUACAUUCUUGUUACAAACUCUAUCAGAGAUCACAAAAGGCAAUCCUCAUUUCUAAUUUCUCUCCUUUAUAUGUGCAGUCCAAACAAAUAAGACUACCUCAGCCUCUGGCUCCCAACAUUUCAGCGUGAUGCUCUUAUGAUUUCAAUAAAAGAAAAUAUCUGUAGCUCCUGGUUGAACUGUGAAGUGUUUGGUACUCUCUGAUUUUGGUUGUUUGCUUGAAGAUGUUUCAUUAUCUAACUAAUAUCAUCUGUGCUGGUGAAUAUGCAGCUUGUCCCUGUUUAUAUAAAGACAUUUGUGAUUUAUUUAUUUAUUUAUUUUAUUUUG